UUUAGACAUCUAUCAUCCACUUCUCUAUCGCCCUCGCAAUGCCUGUCGACCGCACGAAAUCAGUUGUCACCAUCCACACUGACUCGUCUCCGGAUUCAUCCCUGCAAGCAUCACAUGUCUUCUCUGGUAAACCCAAGCUUCGACGACGGUCUUCACAUGAUACUCAAAGAAUGAGAAGCUUCUUCCAAGCUGGUGGGGCCCUUGACUCGCAGACAACUGACUCACAAUAUAUCAACGGCUUUUUUGAGGGCCCAGGGCCCAACGGCUUCAUGUCAGCCGGUCCUCUGGAUGAGGGAGUGGGAUUGAGAGAGCGAGGCAAAGAUACGGAGCAGCAGACAUCGUCCGGCAGUGACGACAGAGCAAUCAACAAACACUCUCCGACUCCUUCACACUCACCUUUAGAGACGACUCUAGAACCAAACUCAGACCAAACUGCCCUUGCAAAGCACGAGCUGAGAAGUUUUGCAAAAUUGUCAGCACCUUCAACUCCAAGUCCCACAUUCCUAGCAAAUGUUUCAAGCUCAGGCACCCAAGCACUCGAGGGCAGUCAGCAGCUUGACUCACCGCCCUUUCGCAUCAAUCGGCCUCUCGUACUGCAUGUCCACCCAUCCAAGAUGUACCCCGGUACUCGACAGGUGUACCGGAAGCUCGACCCGGCUUUAGAGCCCAUCGGAAAGACAGAAUACGAGAUUCAAGAAGCAGCGCGUGUAGAGUAUUUGAGGCGAGUUGGGCUUAGGUUGCUACCUAUGCCAUCAGAAAAUGUUUUGCGGAUUGCUCUUGUACCGAUAGCUCCUCCUGAUGCUGCGUUGUAGUGUAAACAUAGA